CGGCCUUGUGAAAAACAGAAUCUCAGAGUUUUCAUUUCUCCAUCUCUCGAUAAUUAAUCCAACCCACAACCCUUUAGAUUCCUUUUGUUCUUUAUUCGAUCUUACCCUGCAAAUUUUCUCCAUGUUUACACAGAAUUAGAGCUAUAGAACAAGUAUAUAUAGAUCAUCAGUACCCUCUGUUCGUCUUUGGGUUUCAAUUUUGAUCAAUAAACAACAAAUUCAAUCGGAAAACGGAGAAAGUUUUGAUGGGGAGAUUGAAUCCGCCUCCUGAGCUAAGUUUGGAUUUCAAACCCACUUUUAUCCCUAAAACGAUUAGUCAAUUUUUGGGGGAAGUGGCCAGGAUCGGAAUCGUAUCUGAGAAGAUAUUGAAAGUUGAUGAUUUUGUUAGCAGAUUAGAGACCGAGAUUAGGAAAAUUGACGCAUUCAAACGCGAGCUUCCUCUCUGCAUGCUUCUGAUGAAUGAUGCAAUUGUUACUUUAAAAGAGGAAUUAAUGGUGUUCAAGAAAUCAACAAAUCAACCUGUACUUGAAGAAUUUAUACCCCUUAAGAACACUUGUGAUGAUUAUCCAAAAGUCGAAACCGACAGCGGUGAUAAGAAGAAUUGGUUGAGCUCUACCCAACUCUGGAACACGAAUGAGAACAAUUCGGACACAAAUCAAAACCAUAUUCCAAAACAAAAUUCAAUUCAGCAAGCAAUUCUAAAGAGAGCUGAUGAAGAGCAAGAUGGGAUGAUUGGUGAUCCAUAUUGUGGAAACUCUGGGAGAGAGUUCAUUCCGUUUAAGGGAUAUUGUGGGUUUACGGUUGAUGAUACAACAAGGAAUGAAGAUAAGGAAGAAAUUCCCGAUUCUGGGCUUUCUCUUAUCGCUCCUGGAAUCAAGAAUCCAAUGAGGGGAAAUGGUUUCUUAUCGAAAACCGGUGCUAACAACGAACUGGUUCCUUGUUCUAUACCCGAUGUUCAAUCAAAUAUACGGAUUGGUGCCCUUCAGCCUCAGCCACCACAACAUCAAACAUCUAGGAAACAAAGAAGAUGCUGGUCCACGGAGUUGCAUAGGCGCUUUGUCAAUGCACUGCAACAACUUGGAGGCUCAAAAGCUGCCACCCCCAAACAGAUUCGAGAGCUUAUGCGAGUAGAUGGCCUCACCAAUGAUGAAGUGAAGAGCCAUUUGCAAAAAUACCGGCUUCAUACACGAAGGUUUCCAUCCUCCAACACAUCCUCAGAUCCAUCUGGUGUUGGUUUGGGAGGUUUAUGGAUCCCUGCCCAAGAUCAGUAUGUUGUUGAAUCCUCGAAACAUAUAAAUACUCAAUCGGGUUCUCCAGAUGGGCCGCUCCUGAACUGCACCACCGCCACUGGCGGAACCUCCACAACUGGUGGUGACAGCAUGGAUGACGGAGAAGAUGAGAAAUCUGAGAACAAUUGCUGGAAAGGUCAUGUUCACACUUCAGCCAAAGAUAAUGUAUAAAUCUUUACAUAUCUUUAUAGAUAAAUAGUAUAUCGCGGGAUUAAUUAAUGUAGGAGAGAGCUCAUAAAUGAUUAAAAACACUUACAAAAAAAAAACUAUACAGAAAAAGAGUGAAAAUUUUGCAGGAAUAGUUCCUUUUUUCACUUGUUUUUGCUCUACAUUUUCUUGGAUUCUUGGCUUCAUGUUGUUUUUUUUUGAGAUGAGAAAACAUGAUCAUUAAGAAUGCAAUAUUUAAGC